AUCCUUCUAUACCUUUUAUUUUCUAAAGUUAAUAACUUAACAAUUAUUUCCUUGAAAUGGAAAAAAUAGUUCCUCACCAUUUCCUUUCAACCCCACCCCCAACCGUACAAUUAUGGUCAGAUUGGAUAGAGAGUUUUGGAGGGAAAGAAAGGCUUUGGAUGGCAUAGUGUAUGUCUUCAUAAGUAUACUUUAUUUUAGAAAUUAAUAAGUGGCUAUUGAAAUGCUGUAUAGUCAUAUAUUACAUUAUCGAUUUUUAUAGAAUCUUAAACACAUAUCACAUAUGGAAACAUAGGCCUAGCCCUCCAAAACAAUUACGUAGUACCUUCAAAAGCCUCCACCCAAACCAACCCUUAGAGGUUAGACACGAUAAGCUAAUCAGGUGUAUAUGAUUAUUCGUUUCCUCAAAGAGAAUGUAUAUAUGAGCAUGAAUGACAGUGUAGGCUGUAGCUCUAAGUCAUUUUCAGGCUGAGCAUAUGGGAUUUUAAGUUUCUUUUGCCUGUUUAUAUGAAUGUGAAUUUAUGUUAAAUCUGACCACCUUUGUUACUCUGUAUGUUUACCCUUUUUAUCAGCCUUUUUAUUGUUAUAGGUUUUGCAUCCAUCUGCGAAAUCAAUCAAUAUCAAUGACAAAAUAUGGGAUAUGUACUUCAAAGAUAUUCUUCCAAGAUUAGUGAAAAAAGGGGAUGAUGGUAAUUGUGGAUCGACUGCAGUUUGUGACACUCUUUGCCUGCAGGCGCUCUCGAAGAGAAUUCAUUAUGGGAAAUUUGUGGCUGAAGCAAAAUACCAGGCGUCACCUGAAGUUUAUAGUGCAGCGAUAAUAGCACAAGACAGAAAAAAGCUGAUGGAACUGCUGACCUAUCCAGCAGUCGAAGAGGCAAUAAAAAAUAGGGUAGAGGUGAAAACUAGAACAUACGGUCAAGAGGUUACAAGCAGCAUUGAGGGGGAUAAAAGUGAUCCUGUAUACAAGAUAAACCCUAGCCUAGUUGCUGAUCUUUAUAGGGACUGGAUCAUGCCAUUGACAAAGGAUGUUCAGGUUCAAUACCUAUUGAGAAGACUUGAUUAAGUUAACAAAAAAAAAAAAACAACAGCCUGUUGCCACGUUGUGCCAUUCUGGAUAGCCAAUUUGAUGCAGAUAUGUUAUUGUGUUUAAUGCACGACAAUAGUUUCCCACACCUAAAUGUGUAACAUGCAUGCCCCUUAUCGUAUGAUUAGCUGGUCAAGUACCACUUUUGAGUGAGUGUACGCUGUUGAUGGUGUAAAUUAUGAACCAGAAUAUCUCAUUUUUAGCUGGACAAACACCAUACACUAGUCUAAAAAAUACACCAAAAUAUAAACACAGGAAUUUUGACGUGGAAACCCAAAUCGAGAGAAAACCACGAGUCUUUUUUGGUGGUACCUUGCCAAUGGGAGAUUUUUAUUAAUAUCAGGGGUCGUACACGAUACAUUGUUCAGGCGUAGAAGUCAUUAAUGGUGAAGCUAUAAGCUCAAUGAAGAAGAAAACACUCAUAAUCUAGAGAGAGAAAUUGG